AUGCUGUUCGUUUUUAUCAUUCGAAUGAACGGUAGGUGGCGCUGUUGGAAGCUUCCUACCAGAAUGGCGCUCUCUACGAAACAUGCUGACGAUGAUAGUCAGUAUGUAUUAGUGGCAAAAAUGGACAAUGUACGAAAUUUGGCUAAUAUUCUCAAGGCCGUACAUUUUAAAGAAAUAGCCACAAUAUUUGCCAGUGAUUUGGGCCUCAAGAUCACAGUGGAGGAUUUCAAGUGUGUCCAAGCCAAUGCCUUCAUCCAGUCAGCCGUCUUUCAUGAAUAUAUUAUUACAGAAGAACAAAUUACUUUCAAGAUCAACCUUAAUGUAUUAAUUGAAUGCCUGACCAUAUUUGGCACUAGUUCCUUAAGUGGGGUGCUGACAAGCCUGAAGAUGUGUUAUAAGGGUUAUGGACAUCAUUUAAUACUUAUGCUUGAAGAAGAUGGUGUUCUUACAGAUUGCAGCAUUAAAACAAUGGAACCAGAUGAGGUCCUUGAUUUUGACUUCUGCAGUACAAAUGUCGUUAAUAAAAUUAUCAUGAAGUCUGAGUGUCUUCGAGAAGCAUUCAGUGAAUUGGACAUGACCAGUAAUGUCUUGGAAUUCCUGUUAUCGCCAGACCCACCCCAUUUCCGACUGUCCACUUUUGGAAAUGCAGGAAGGGCACACUCAGACUUUCCGAAAGAUUCAGAUAUGAUAGAAUCAUUCCAUUGUACAUCAACUCAGGUGAACAGGUAUAAGAUUUCUCUGUUGAAGCCAUCAGUAAAGGCCCUAUCCAUCUCAUCACGAGUCUCCAUUCGAAUGGAUAACAGGGGAUUUUUAUCACUUCAGUAUAUGAUCAAGAAUGAAGAUGGUCAAGUGUGCUUUGUAGAAUUUUAUUGUGUUCCUGAUGAAGAAGAAGAGGAAGAACAAGAUUGA